GCUUUUGCGCGCGCGGGAAGCUUCUCUUCUCCGGACGCUCGCGCGCCCUGCGCUUUGGGGACGCGCCGAGCGCCCUCUGGGUCCGUCUCUCCCGCGCCCUGUCCGGCCCUGCCCUUCCCCUUCCCGGCGUCCCACUUCGGCCGAGUCCCGGCUGGGGCGGCCUCCAAGCAAGCGGAAGGCGGCGGGAACAUGGCGGAGCCCGGCGGGGCCGAAACCUUCGCCGAGCGACCGUCCACGCCGAGCGGCAGCAGUCACAGCAGCAUGGCGGACAAGAACAGCACAUUGAAAUGCACUUUCUCUGCUCCGGGCCAUAGUGUCAUCCUCCUGCAUGGCCUGGCUUCUUUGCGGGCUCAGGCCCAGUUGCUGGAUGUCAUCCUCACCAUCAACAAUGAGGUCUUUCAGGUGCACAAAGUUGUUUUGGCGGCCUGCAGUGACUACUUCAGGGCCAUGUUCACUGGUGGGAUGAGGGAAAGCAAUCAAGAUGUGAUUGAGCUGAAAGGCGUCUCUGCCAAGGGCUUGAAGCACAUCAUAGAGUUUGCCUACAGUGCCGAAGUCACCCUUGACCUUGACUGCAUCCAGGAUGUGCUGGGAGCGGCGGUCUUCCUGCAGAUGGUACCCGUGGUGGAGCUGUGUGAGGAGUUCCUGAAAUCGGCCAUGAGUGUUGAGACCUGCCUUAACAUCGGGCAAAUGGCCACCACCUUCAGCCUUGCCUCCUUGAAGGAGUCCGUCGAUGCCUUCACCUUCCGCCAUUUCCUUCAGAUUUCCGAGGAGGAAGACUUCCUCCACCUCCCGUUGGAAAGACUCGUCUUCUUCCUUCAGAGUAACAAGCUCAAGAGCUGCAGUGAGAUUGACCUUUUCCGGGCCGCCAUCCGAUGGCUGCAGUACGACCCCACGCGCUGCAGCAGUGCCAGCCAGGUUCUCUGCCACAUUCGCUUCCCGCUCAUGAAAUCUUCAGAGCUGGUGGACAGCGUCCAGACCUUUGACAUCAUGGUGGAGGACGUCUUAUGCCGGCAGUACCUCCUCGAAGCUUUCAACUACCAAAUACUGCCUUUUCGCCAGCAUGAGAUGCAGUCUCCCCGAACGGCCAUCCGCUCUGAUGUCCUUUCCCUCAUAGCUUUUGGCGGCACGCCGUACACCGAUAACGAUAGGACCGUAAGUGGCAAAGUCUACUAUUUGCCCGACAGCAGCACACGCCAAUUUAAGGAGCUGACAGAGAUGGAGGUGGGGACUAGCCAUACCUGCGUGGCUGUCCUAGAUAACUUUGUUUACGUGGUUGGGGGACAGCAUCUGCAGUACCGCAGCGGUGAGGGGGCCCUGGACAUCUGCUACCGCUACGACCCCCAUCUGAACCAGUGGCUGCGCAUUCAGGCAAUGCAGGAGAGCAGGAUCCUGUUUCAGCUGAACGUGUUGUGUGGCAUGGUCUAUGCCACGGGGGGCAGGAACCGAUCCGGCAGCUUGGCAUCCGUGGAAAAAUAUUGCCCCAGAACCAAUGAAUGGAGUUUUGUUUGCCCCCUCAAACGCAGGACAUGGGGCCACGCGGGGGCCACCGUGGGAGGCAAGCUGUAUAUCUCAGGCGGGUACGGAAUAUCCGUGGAAGACAAAAAAGCCUUGCAUUGCUACGACUCUGCACUGGAUCAGUGGGAGUUCAAAGCUCCCAUGAACGAACCCCGCGUCCUGCACGCGAUGGUCAGUGCCAACAAUAAGAUUUAUGCCCUGGGGGGCCGCAUGGACCAUGUCGACCGUUGCUUCGAUGUCUUGGCCGUGGAGUAUUACCUACCAGAAGCCAACCAGUGGACGAUGGUAAGCCCCAUGCGGGUAGGACAAUCGGAGGCCGGCUGUUGCUUGCUAGAGAAGAAGAUCUACGUCGUUGGGGGAUACAACUGGCACUUGAACAACGUAACCAGCAUCGUGCAGGUGUACAACACAGAGACGGACGAAUGGGAGAGGGACCUCCACUUCCCGGAAUCGUUUGCUGGGAUUGCUUGUGCACCGGUGAUUCUACCACAGCCGACAACCUGGAGGUGACCAUCAAAAGCCACCCAGUCGUCUGAACCGUCCUGUGCAUGCUCUUGCCUGGCUUGUUUUGCAAAAUAAAGUUGUGUAUUCACGGCAGACAAGUGAACGUUUCUGCCUACACUCUCCUGGUUUAUUGUGUUCCAGCAGCCCCUUUUGACUCUGUUGGGAAUGGGAGUGUGAUACGGAAGACUGUCCUGAGUAGGGAAUCUUCCCAAGAUGUAGCGGUGGUGCACAACCCAAGUUUCUCUUCCCUAAACAAUAUCACAUCUGCAGACGUUUCAUAAGCUUCUAUUUUCCCUAUUUAUGAAUAACUGAGGGGUUCGUUGUAUCUCAGAGUGUCAUUAUAUGGAGAUGUGUGGUAGCUGGACAAUUUGAAAAAAAAAAAGUCAAGAAAAUUAAAAUCCUCCUAAACUUUCCCAAAAUCAAUAAGAAGAACGAUUGAGGGAAGGAGAAGAGAGCUUUGGGUGUCAACGAUCUAUGAUUUCGUACAGGGGUAUUUUCCUGAGAAGCAGCUUUGAACAACUGUACGGAACACACCUGUUCUGUUGUUGAAAACUCGGUAAGCCAUGUUUUCCUACGCAGAGAUUUAGGAAAGUGCCAAGAAGACGCCACAGAAGCUUGGAAACUAUGGAGUGGAAGCCCAAACGGGAUUAUUAGCACAGCCACGUAUGCUUCAGCGGCAGCUUGGAACAGCAAACGAGGACUUUGCAUUAAAUACAUAAAGCCGGUGAAUUGCAGCUUUCCAGAAGAAGCUUCAAUGUGUGUGCUUAGGAGUUUCACAUCUUGCUGAUCAGGUUUGUUUGUGCUACGGAACAUGAACUUCCAAGUG